CUUUGUCAAUCCUGCACUCCAGAGGGAGGAGAGAGAGCCAGGAGAGAAAGAGGGGAGAGAAAAUCCAGGGGGCCAACUAUUUUGUCCCUAUCCUACACUUUUAAAAGUGUUGUCUCCCCUUUGAGCAGACGGGAUGGAGAAUGCACACACUAAGGAAACCGCAGAAUGCCUGGCCUACUUCGGUGUGAGUGAGAGCACAGGCCUCUCUCCAGAUCAGGUCAAGAGAAACCAGGCCAAGUAUGGAUUCAAUGAGCUGCCCGCCGAGGAGGGUAAGAGCAUUUGGGAGCUGGUGGUUGAGCAGUUUGAAGAUCUCUUAGUCAGGAUUCUGCUGUUGGCUGCCUGCAUCUCUUUUGUACUGGCCUGGUUUGAGGAAGGCGAGGAAACUGUCACUGCCUUUGUCGAGCCUUUUGUCAUCCUUCUCAUCCUUAUCGCCAAUGCUGUGGUCGGAGUGUGGCAGGAGCGCAAUGCAGAGAGCGCCAUCGAGGCUCUGAAGGAGUACGAGCCAGAGAUGGGCAAAGUGUACCGCUCUGACAGAAAGAGCGUACAGAGGAUCAAAGCAAGAGAGAUUGUCCCUGGAGAUAUUGUGGAGAUCUCAGUUGGUGACAAAGUCCCUGCUGAUAUCAGAAUCACUGCCAUCCGCUCCACAACUCUGCGUGUGGACCAGUCUAUCCUCACUGGUGAGUCCGUCAGUGUGAUUAAGCACACAGAGUCUGUUCCUGACCCCAGGGCUGUCAACCAGGACAAGAAGAACAUGCUUUUCUCUGGCACCAACAUCGCUGCUGGCAAGGCUAUUGGAGUUGUGGUUGCCACCGGUGUCUCCACUGAGAUCGGUAAGAUCCGUGACCAGAUGGCUGCCACUGAGCAGGAGAAGACCCCUCUGCAGCAGAAGCUGGAUGAGUUCGGUGAGCAGCUCUCCAAAGUCAUCUCCCUCAUCUGUGUGGCUGUCUGGCUCAUCAACAUUGGCCACUUCAACGACCCCGUCCAUGGUGGCUCCUGGAUCCGUGGUGCCGUCUACUAUUUCAAGAUCGCUGUGGCCCUUGCUGUGGCUGCCAUCCCAGAGGGUUUGCCUGCUGUCAUCACUACCUGCCUCGCUCUGGGAACCCGCCGCAUGGCUAAGAAGAAUGCUAUCGUCCGUUCUCUUCCCUCCGUAGAGACUCUGGGCUGCACCUCUGUCAUUUGUUCAGACAAGACUGGCACACUCACCACCAACCAGAUGUGUGUUACAAAGAUGUUCAUCAUUGAGAAGGUGGAGGGUGACUUUGUGAGUCUUGACCAGUAUGACAUUUCUGGCUCCAAGUACACACCAGAGGGAGAAGUUACUAAGGGUGGACUUCCUGUCAAGUGUGGCCAGUACGAUGGACUUGUUGAGCUGGCAACCAUUUGUGCCUUGUGCAAUGACUCCUCUCUGGACUACAAUGAGUCUAAAGGUAUCUAUGAGAAAGUGGGUGAGGCCACAGAGACUGCCCUGUGCUGCCUGGUUGAAAAGAUGAACGUGUUCAACACUGAUGUCCGUGGCCUGUCCAAGGUGGAGAGAGCCAAUGCAUGCUGCUCUGUGGUCAAGCAACUGAUGAAGAAGGACUUCACUCUUGAGUUCUCACGUGACAGAAAGUCCAUGUCUGUCUAUUGCUCCCCUGCCAAAGCCUCGAAGGCCCCUGUUGGCAACAAGAUGUUUAUCAAGGGUGCUCCUGAGGGUGUGAUUGACAGAUGUGCCUACGUGCGUGUUGGCACCACCCGUGUGCCGCUGACUGGCCCAGUUAAGGAUAAGAUCAUGGCUGUGAUCAAGGAGUGGGGCACUGGCCGUGAUACCCUCCGCUGCCUGGCCCUGGCAACCCGUGACAACCCACUGAGACAGGACGAAAUGAACCUGGAGGACUCCACCAAGUUUGUAGAGUAUGAGACUGAUCUCACCUUUGUGGGAUGUGUCGGUAUGCUGGACCCUCCUCGCAAAGAGGUCAUGGGCUCCAUUGAACUCUGCAAGGCUGCUGGCAUCCGUGUGAUCAUGAUUACAGGUGAUAACAAGGGUACCGCUGUGGCUAUCUGCCGUCGUAUUGGCAUCUUCGGUGAUGAUGAGGAUGUGACUGGCCGUGCUUUCACUGGUCGCGAGUUUGAUGACCUGCCUCUGGCCCAGCAGAGAGAGGCUGUGCGCAAGGCCUGCUGUUACGCCCGUGUCGAGCCCUCCCACAAGAGCAAGAUCGUCGAGUUUCUUCAGGGCUUUGAUGAGAUCACUGCCAUGACUGGUGAUGGUGUGAAUGAUGCUCCUGCCCUGAAGAAGGCAGAGAUUGGCAUUGCCAUGGGCUCUGGCACUGCUGUUGCCAAGUCAGCCUCUGAGAUGGUCCUAGCUGAUGACAACUUCUCCAGCAUUGUGGCUGCUGUUGAGGAGGGCAGAGCCAUUUACAACAACAUGAAGCAGUUCAUCCGGUACCUCAUCUCCUCCAAUGUCGGAGAGGUCGUGUGCAUUUUCCUGACCGCUGCUCUUGGUCUGCCUGAGGCUCUGAUCCCAGUUCAGCUGUUGUGGGUGAACUUAGUGACUGACGGUCUUCCUGCCACUGCUCUGGGCUUCAACCCCCCUGAUCUGGACAUCAUGGGCAAGGCUCCCCGCUCCCCUAAAGAGCCCCUCAUCUCUGGCUGGCUCUUCUUCAGAUACCUGGCCAUUGGCGGUUAUGUUGGUGCUGCAACCGUGGCUGCUGCUGCCUGGUGGUUCCUGUACUCUGACGAUGGCCCCAUGGUCUCCUUCUACCAACUGUCCCACUUCAUGCAGUGCACUGCUGAUAAUGAGGACUUUGCAGGCAUUGAGUGUGAAGUGUUUGAGGCUGCUCCACCCAUGACCAUGGCUCUGUCUGUGCUGGUCACCAUUGAGAUGUGCAAUGCCCUCAACAGCUUGUCUGAGAAUCAGUCUCUGGUGCGUAUGCCUCCAUGGAGCAACUUAUGGUUGGUGGGAGCCAUGACUCUCUCCAUGUCUCUGCACUUCAUGAUCAUCUAUGUGGACCCUCUGCCCAUGAUCUUCAAGCUUACCCAUCUCAGCCUGGACCAGUGGGUUGUGGUGCUCAAGCUUUCCCUUCCUGUCAUCUUAAUUGACGAGCUGCUCAAGUUUGUCGCUCGCAACUACCUGGAGCCCUAAUCCUGCUCCCCUCCAUAUUCCUGUAACAAAACCAGAGAAAGAUGAAAAUCUAGUGUCCAAAAAGUGGGACUGAGAGAGAAGAAGACAAGAUGAGGAAGAACUGAAAAACAUCACUCCAAAAGAAAAAAAUAAACACCAAGAGUGAUAUAGAAAACAACUGUGAACCAGUGAAAAAUCACCUAUAAAUGUUAAACCUUGAGGGGAGAAAAAACUAUUUAAAAGUGUUAUGUAUAUGUAUUAAGACUCAAUUUAAUACAGUGCUGUGAAAAAUUGCCCCCUUCCUGAUUUCUUCUAUUUUUUGUAUUUUUCAUACUAAAUUGUUUUAGAUCUUCGAACAAGAUAUACUUUUCAAAUAUAUAUAUAUAUUUUUAUUGAAGCAAAAAAGGUACCCAACACCUAUAUCACCCAUGUGAAAAACAGACUGCCCCGUUAAACUUAAUAGCUGGUUGUGCCACCUUUAGCAGCAACAACUGCAACCAAACGCUUUCGAUAACUGGAGAUCAGUCUUUCACAACACUGUGGUAGAAUUUUGGCCCACUCCUCUAUGCAGAACUGCUUUAGUUCAGCCACACUGGAGGGUUUCAGGUCAGGAUUUUGACUAGGCCACUCCAAAUCUUUAAUUUAGCUUCAUUUGAGCCAUUCAGAGGUGAAUUUACUCCUAUGCUUUGGAUCGUUGUCUUGCUGCAUAAUCCAGUUGCGCUUGAGCUUCAACUCACGGACUGAUGACCGGACGUUCUCCUUUAGGAUUUUCCGGCAGAGAGCAGAAUUAAUGUUUCCCACAAUUAUUGCAAGACUCCCUGGCCCUGAAGCAGCAAAGCAUCAACACACCAUCACACUACCACCACCAUGCUUGACCGUAGGUAUGAUGUUCUUUUUGUGGAAUUCUGUGUUUGAUUUACGCCAGAUGUAACGGGACCCGUUUUCCAAACAGUUCCACUUUUGACCCAUCAGUCCACAGAACAUUCUCCCAAAAGGUUUGAAGAUCAUCAAGGUGUGUUUUGGCAAAAUUCAGAUGGGCGUUAAUGUUCUUCUGGGUUAGCAGUGGUUUUCGCCUCGCCACUCUUCCAUGGAUGGCAUUUUUGGCCAGUGUCUUUCUGAUAGUGGAGUCAUGAACAGUGACCUUUAUUGAUGCGAGAGAGGCCUGCAGUUCCUUGAAGGUUGUCCUUGGCUUUUUUGUGACUUCCUGGCUGUGCUCUUGGAGGAAUUUUGGAAGGUCGGCCACUUCUGGGAAGGUUCACUACAGUGCCAAGUUUUCUCCAUUUGAAUAUAAUGGCUCUCACUGUGGUUCUUUGGAGUCCCAGAGCUUUUGAAAUAGCUCAGUAAGCCUUCCCAGACUUAUGUAUUUCAAUCACCUUUUUCCUCAUUCAUAUGUGCUACUGGGUGAGACCUUUUACCCAACUUCAUGCUGCUGAAAAGGUUCUAUUUAAGUGUUGAUUUGAUUGAGCAGGGCUGGCAGUAAUCAGGCCUGGGUGUGUCUAGUCCAGCUGAACCCCAUUAUGAAUGCAGUUUCAUAGAUUUGGGGAUUUAAUAACUGGAGGCAAAUAAUUUUUCACACAGGCCCAGUUGGUAUUGGAUAACUUUUUUGCUUCAAUAUCAUUUAAAAACUGUAUUUUGUGUUUACUCAGAUUGCCUUUGUUUUAUGUUAGAUUUUGUUUGAAUUUUUGAAACAAUUUAAUAUUUGAUAUACACAAAAACAGAAGAAAUCACAUACUUUUUCACAGCACUGUAUAUAUAUUGUUAUAAACA